GUUUUAGCAUCAAUAGCUUCGCUAGGAUGACCGAACUUCCCCCUCGUUAUGACAUUUGAGCCCGUAAGACCGGUUGAUGUGACUGGCAUUGGGCCACUCUUGAAAUAUUGCAAUUGGCCCAACACUGCAGGAAGUUACCAGACAACUGUAAUGACUGACGCUGACAUCUUUGCCUCCCAAAGAGUGCUUAGCAUUCAAUCCCAUGUCGUAUCCGGGUAUGCAGGCAAUAAGGCAGCAACAUUUCCGCUCCAGACUCUAGGAUACGAUGUUGAUGUUCUGAAUAUUCUUCAGUUCUCAAAUCACACUGGUUACCCGUCGUGGGGAGGCAAGCGAAUCUCCCCUGAAGAGAUACAGGAUCUUUUUGAUGGUUUGAAAAAAAAUGGGUUGAUGGAUGAGUAUACUCAUAUUCUGACGGGCUAUAUUGGCAAUGCUGCAACGCUGGAAACAUGUGUCAAGGCGAUUCGCGAAAUCAAGGAAAGCAGGAAAGGCGUUAUUUAUGUAUGUGACCCCGUUAUGGGCGAUGAUGGUAGCUUAUACGUGAGCAGUGAAGUGAUUCCUCUUUAUCGCUCUAUUGCUGGACUGGCCGAUGUCAUUACACCAAAUCAAACUGAAGCAGAGGCUUUGGCUAACACUAAAAUUGAAACACUAUCGGAUGCACAAGAAACCAUUCAACACCUUCAUCAACUGGGAGCUCCCCAUGUCAUUAUAACUUCCGUACAUUUACCACAACAAGAUGUACCUAAGCAGCUGAUUGUGAACCCACAAUCAGACAAGGCUCUGGUGUGCAUUGGAAGCAGUAUUUUAGAAAACGGCCAAACGAAGCAGUUUCUCGUCUCAUUCCCAACUUUCCAAGGAUAUUUCACUGGUACAGGAGACAUGUUCUCAGCGUUGGUAGUGGCAAGACUCACAGAACAACUUAAGACUGCAAAUGAAAGCGAUGAUGAUCUAUCGCCGUUGGCUCAGGCUAUCUUUAAGGUCGUUCUGACGCUCAAUGCGGUCACCGAGAAGACAUGGAAAAGACAGAAGGAAUACGUCAAAUUACAAAAGGGGGAAGAAGCGUCGGACAUAGAAGGCAAACCAGAUAGUGCCAGUUUAAUUCGCCAGUGUGAACUAAUGGUGAUUCAAGGCAAGCAGGCCAUAGAAAAUCCACAUUUGUUUGCCCGCGAUGAAAUCAAAGUCGUGAUGAUAUAGUGGCAUCUACAAUGAUAAAGAAUCAAUUUUUUUCCAAUAGAAUGAAGACCUCAAAAUAUUUCGGUUUUACCGAUAUUUGCAUCAACAGAUAUUUUUACAG